AUGGAGGAGCGUGUCCCCCUGAAGCGGGAGGGUAGCCCCGGGGUGCAGCCGGGCGGGCGGGGGCUGCGGAGCUUCCCCUCAUGCUCGGCACCGUUUCACUCCGAGGGAGAGGCAGCCCAGGACAGCGGUGCCUGUGUCUACCAAGGCUCAUUGUUUGAGAAUAACACCAUUUGGAAGCCAGAUUCCUGCCAAGAGUGCCGUUGCCACAGCAAUAUUGUCACCUGUGAACCUACCCUUUGCAAACAUCCCCAGUGUGACUUUCAGAAGGGAGAAGUGCUCCAAAUAGCCUCCAAAAAGUGCUGCCCUGAGUGUGCCUCUAGGGCUGAAGGCUUUUGCCAGCAUGAAGGACAGAUCCACAGCCAUGGCACGGAGUGGGCCAGCUCUGGAUGUGUCCGGUGCUCCUGUGCUCACGGGAAGGUGAACUGCACUCCUCCACCCUGCCCAGCCCUCAUGUGUGGACCAGGGGAACUGCAAUACACUCCUCAGGGAUCCUGCUGUCCUAGAUGUGUGGGACGUGGAGAGCCUUGUUCCUUUGAUGGACACUUGUUCCAGGAUGGGGAGGACUGGCACCUUGGUCGGUGCUCCAAAUGCAUCUGCAGGGACGGUGUGACUCGGUGCUUUACAGCUUCCUGCCAGGCUCUACUGUGCAGUAAGGAUGAAGUUAUGGUUACACCUCCUGGAAAAUGCUGCCCGGAAUGUCUUCCAAAGCCCUGCUCAGUGUCAGGAAGAGUGUACCAGCAUGGUGAACAGUGGGAAAAAAGUGCCUGCACUGCAUGUGCUUGUCACAGAGGGGAAGUCAGAUGUCUGAGCAAGACCUGUGACUCUGUUACCUGUGAGAAGGGGGAAGACAAGGUGCAGCAUCCUGGGAAGUGCUGUGAGGAGUGUGUGCCUUCCAGGGGAAACUGCUUGUAUGAGGACACUCCCAGGUACCAUGGUGAGAUGUGGAAUAGUACUCACUGCGACUUCUGCGUGUGUGAUGCAGGGCAAGUCACUUGCCAGGUAGCAGAGUGUGCCAAAGUGGAGUGUGCCAAGGGUGAAGAAUUAAUUCACUUAGAUGGGAAGUGCUGUCCUGAAUGUAUUUCAAGUAAUAGUUACUGUGUUUACAAAGAACAUACCAAAGCUAAUGGAGAGAAAUGGGCAGAAGGGCCGUGCAGAGAAUGUGAAUGUCGGGACGCAGAGGUGACCUGCUUCCAGCAUUCCUGCCCACCCUGCCCGCCUGGCAGCCUAGCUGUUGAGGUGAAGGAUGACUGCUGCCUGAACUGCAAGCCAGUUGAGUGCCACCCAGACUGCUUGACCUGCUCUCAGUCCUUUGAUCACUGUAAUGCCUGUCGUGACCCAAGGAAGAAGCUGCAGAAUGGGCGCUGUGUGGAGAUUUGUGAAUUGGGCUUCUACCAGGAUGGGGGUGCUUGCUUAGCCUGCAGUGAAACAUGCUCAGCCUGUACCAAUGGAUUUGAGUGCUCCUCGUGCCAGGCAUCUCUACUCAUGAAGAACAGGCAGUGUGUGACCUCAUGUGGAAAGGGAUACUUUCAGGAUCACCUCCUCUGCACAGCUUGUCAUGAGUCCUGUUCCUCAUGCUGGGGUGCUGCUGAGAACAAUUGUUUGGCCUGCAAAGACCCAUCGCAAAUGCUAAAAGCAGGGGUCUGCGUGGUGAGCUGUGGACAGGGAUUUUAUACGAAGGGUGGAAUCUGCAGUGCUUGUGACCAGUCCUGUGAAACCUGCUACUCAGACCAACCCAGAUGUCUGACCUGUGCUUCAAAUAAGUUCUUACAUGAUGGGAAGUGCAUUUCGGAGUGCCCAGCUGGGUAUUUCCCGAGUAGCAAUGGAAGGUGCAGAGCUUGUCAUGAUACAUGCUCCACAUGUGAGGGACCUUUGGCCACUCAGUGCACCUCCUGUUCCUUUCCUCUGGUGUUGCAGUGGGGUCAGUGCCUGCAAGGCUGUGGAGAGGGUUUUUACCAAGAUCAUGAUGUCUGCAAGGGCUGUCACCCAUCGUGCCGCACCUGCAUUGGUCCAGGGGGCUCUCACUGCCAGCAAUGCAGGGCACCAGAUGACGUGCUGCAGCCUCACCAGCGUAUUGAAGGAGCACUACAUGGGCUUUGCCUUUCUCACUGCCAAGCCCAGUUCUACAUGGACAGCACAGGAGUCUGCAAAGAGUGCCACCCCUCCUGUGCAUCCUGCGUGGGGAACACUUCCCAGGACUGCACAGCUUGUCUGUCUUCCCACGUCCUGCUUGAAGGCAGAUGCCUCUCUGAGUGCCCAGAGGGGCUGUUCAGCCACAAAGAUCACUGCUACUCUUGUCAUCCAUCCUGCAAGACAUGCCAUGGCCCUUCUGAUCUGGCGUGCUUAACCUGCCAUCCCCACGCGACUCUAGCCAGCGGAAAGUGCUGGACUAGCUGCAAGGAAGAGCAGUAUCUCAACCUGGUGGGAUAUUGUGUGGAUUGCCACCCUUUGUGCCGCCAGUGUGUGGCCAACCUGCGAGAUACUGGCAGCAUCUGUCUGAAGUGCCAGAACGCCCGUCUCUUACUCCUGGGGGAUCACUGCGUUCCUGACUGUCCAAUGGGGUACUAUGUGAAGAAUGGUGCCUGCAAAAGGUGUCACCCCUUCUGUAAAACCUGCACCGGUGGGGGUCCAUUCGCCUGCUCUUCCUGCAACACCAGCCUGGUUCUCUCCCACACUGGCAUGUGUGUGCCAGUCUGCUCCCAGGGAUACUACAGGGAUGCCAAGCAGACCUGCAGACCUUGCAACAGCCAGUGCCUGAGCUGUGAAUCAGCCACCAGCUGCACAUCUUGCAGGGAUCCAACCAAGGUCCUGUUGUUUGGAGAAUGCCAGUACGAGAGUUGUGCUCAGCAGUAUUACCUGGAUUUUUCCAGCAAGACUUGCAGAGAGUGUGACUGGAGCUGUAAUGCCUGUAAAGGUCCCCAGAGGACUGACUGCCUGCAGUGUAUGGAGGGGUACGUUCUCCAUGAAGGAGCUUGUGUGGACCAGUGUCCAGCAGCUUUCUACAAGGAGUCAGAGACAUGCCAGAGGUGUGAUCAGCACUGCCUCCAGUGUCACCAAGCAGAUGAGUGCAGUCUUUGUGAAGCCCCAUUCUUCCUCUUGGACACUCACUGUGUUCCCAAAUGUGGGAAGCGGUAUUAUCCAGACCCUGCACAGCACAAGUGCACAGCUUGUCCUCAGGGAUGCUUGGAGUGUGACAGUGACAGCCUGUGCCACCUCUGUGACAGCACCACAUUUCUGAAGAAUAAGAUCUGUGUUUCUGCCUGUGGCCAGGGUUUCUAUGGCAAUACGUGGACAAGAGAAUGUGAAGAAGCCAGCAAGCAUCCCUUGAGCUUCCAUGUGAACAGUACCCUCAAAGUAGGAAUUGGUGGGGUAAAGCCCCUAGACCUGUCCUUGCUGGGUGUCUGUGAUGUGGAUGGUGACACAGGACAGCUCUUGUUCCAUAUCAACAGCAGUCCUUCCAACGGCAGGCUGGUGAUCAUGAUGAGGGGGGCAGCAGUGCAGCUGAGCGAAGGUGACCACUUCAGCUGCAAGGAUGUGAAGGAGAAGAGAGUUCGCUUCGUGCACAGCAAAGAGAAAUCCAGGAAAGGACAGUUUUCCUUGAAAGUCAGUGAUCAACAGUUCUUCUCCCAUCCUGAGGUGGUCAAUGUUCAAGCAUUUUCAACACAGGCCCCAUAUGUGUUCAGGAACGAGGCUCUCCUUAUCAACAGAGGGGAAAUUGGAACUGUAACAGAGCAGUUGCUUUCUGUGAGAGACAGCGACAAUCCUCAGGAUGUUGUGCUGAUGGUUCUAGAGCCUCCACGUCAUGGGCAGCUGAUCAGAGCUCCUGGGAACUUGGCUUCUGCAGUCAAUAUGUUCCACCUGGAUGACCUUGCCAGUGGAUUGCUGAGUUAUGCUCAUGAUGGUUCUGACACCCGGGAUGAUGCCGUUAUUUUGCAAAUCAGUGAUGGGUACCACUUCCAGAACAUCCUGUUCCACAUUAAGAUUGUUCCCAAGAGUGACAGAAGCCCUCGGCUGGUGACAAAUUCCCUGGUGUGGGUUCCCCAGGGAGGCAUGCUACAGAUCUCCAAGACCAUUCUGCAUGCUGAGCUGCCCGGUGUCCGUGACUCUGAGAUAACCUAUACCAUCAUCAAGGACCAGCCAAGACAUGGUGAAGUGGUGCUUCUGGUUCCAAUGCCAGCAGAUGGCCCAGCAAACUCAUGGCAGCUUUUGCCUGGUGGAAGAGCAGCCUCCCCUACAUCUUCUUUUACCCAGGAGGACAUCAACGAAGGCAUUGUGUGGUACAGGCACUCUGGAUCUGAAAUAGAAAGUGACUCCUUUCAAUUCCAGGUAUCUAGCUCUACCAGUCCACAGUCCAGCUUGCAAAGCCAUGUCUUCAAUGUUGCAGUUCUCCCACAGACACCCAGAGCUCCUCAGCUUUCCCUCGGCUCCUCUUUGCACAUGGCUGUGCUGGAGGACCGUGUGACAGUGAUUGAGCCCCAUCACCUCUCCUUUGUAGACCCGGAGACUCCCAGUGAGAAAAUCCUGUUCAACGUGACCGUCCCUCUCCUUCCUGGCCAAGGUAUUGUGGAGCACAGAGACAGGCCUCUCUCCGCAGUCAGGUAUUUCACCCAAGCAGAUAUAAACCAUGGCAAGAUUGCUUAUCGUCCGCCAACUGCAGCUCCUCACUUGAGAGAGAUCAUUGCGUUCUCCUUUGCGGGUCUCCCAGAGUCAGUGAACUUCCGAUUCACAGUGUCUGAUGGAGAGCACACAACCCCGGAGAUGGUGUUUGUCAUUCAUUUGCUCUCUACGGAACAGCAGCCUCCAGUGUUCCAGAUCACAGCUCCAUUCCUGGAGGUCAGCCAGGGGGGCAGAGCCACCAUUGGGAUACAGCUAGCUGUGAGUGACACGGAUACAGCUCCCGAGGGUCUUUUCUUUGAGCUGGUAAAACCUCCCCGUCAUGGCAUUGUGCUAAAGUACAGUGCAGACAUGCAGGAGCACAUGGGAGCAGGUGACACCUUCACCUAUGAGGAUGUCACUCGAAAUGCUCUGCAGUACGUGCAUGAUGGUUCAUCAGCAACAGAGGACAGCAUGGAGAUCUCUGUCACGGAUGGUGUCACCACAGUGACCACAGUGCUGAGGGUGGAAGUGUCCCUGCUGGAUACCAACGGUCCACAGCUGGCUCCAGGCUGCUUGUUGGCAGUCACCGUGGCUAGUAAAAGCUCCGUGACUCUCUCUCGAUUGCACCUUGCUUAUAUUGACAACAAUUCUCCUGACUCAGAGAUCAGAAUCCAGUUAAUAUCUCUGCCUGCAUAUGGCACUCUCUUACGCAUGUCAGGCUCUCAUGAUGAGGAGCUUUCCAAGGUUUAUAAUUUCACCAUGGAAGACAUCAACAACCAUAGGAUCAGCUACUCCACCACAUUUGAGACCAGCAAUCAGCCAGUUACAGACAUCUUCCACUUUGUUGUUUUUGAUGCUGAUAACAACCAGCUUGAUAGACAGAUGUUCACCAUCACAAUCACAUCUGCCCCGACAAUGCCAUCACUCAUUGCUUUUGCUGACCAUAUCACGGUGGAUGAGGGAGGCAGAGUCCCACUGCUGGCUCAUCAACACUUAGCUGCUGAUUAUGAUACUGCUGCCAAGGAAGACCUGAGGGUCAAAGUUAUCACUCUGCCUAUGUAUGGCUACAUUGAAAACACUAAGACAGGUGAGAAUUUUGGCCCGCAGGGUGAGUCUGCUGUGACUACAGACGCAUCCUUUUCCCUUCAGGAUGUUCUGGAGAACAGCAUUUACUACUUCCAGAGUGUCCAUGAAAGCAUUGAGCCAACAAGUGAUGUUUUCAGCUUUUAUGUAAGCGAUGGCUUCAGCCAGUCUGAGGUGCAGAGCAUGAACAUCACAAUUCAGAGGCAGAACGAUGAACCCCCAAAGAUGGUCCUGGAGCCUGUCAGAGUGGACAAAGGCUCAGUUGUGAUUACCAACGCCUCCCUCAACCUGCAGGACUUGGACACCCAGAACAGUGAGCUUGUCAUCAUGGUUAGCAGAAGUCCUGAACAUGGUAACCUUCGCAGGAGGCAGACUGCUGUGGAGCACCCGGAGCACGGACACGUGCUGUCCAUGGGCUCCUCCUUCACCUACCAGGACAUUUUGGAUGAGCUGAUCGUUUAUACUCAGAGUGGAGCAGCAGCACAAACAGAUGAGUUUGGCUUCUCCAUCACGGAUGGUCUCUACACACAGAUGGGGAGGCUGGAGUUCUCCAUGGAGCUGCCGAAGAAGCAGCCACCCACGUUAGCUGUCAACAGGAACCUGCAGCUCCCAGCUGGCUCUGCAGCACGCCUCACAGAUCAGCACUUGAAAGCAGCAGCUAUUUAUUUAGAUGACACAAUGAUUAGAUUUGUCAUGAAGCGGGAUCCCAGCAUGGGCCAUCUGCAGCUGACCAAAACUGAUAAUCCAGUCCAGAUCUCUGUGAAAGGACCUGUCAAAAGUUUCACCCAAGCUGAUAUAAAUAAAGGGCAAGUGGUGUACAGUCACAAGAAAGGGGAUCCUGGUGGAAAUUUUGCCUUCACCUUUGAUGUAAUUGAUGCAGACGGCAACAGUCUGACAGACCAGGUCUUUUAUAUUAGUGUAUUAGAGGACAGAUUUCCCCCCUCUAUCAUCGCUAACAAGGGGCUGGUCUUGGAUGAGAACUCAGCUAAGACGAUCACCACCCUCCAGCUCUCUGCCACGGACCAGGACAGUGAGCCAAGACAGCUCCAGUACAAGCUCACCAAGCAGCCUCAGCUGGGGCACCUGGAGCAUGUGGCCUCCCCAGGGACAAGAAUUAUUUCCUUCAGCCAGGCAGACUUGGCCUCUCGCAGCAUCCGGUAUGUCCACACCAGUGACACUGAAAAGCAUACAGAUGCAUUCACCUUUUCUGUGUCUGAUGGAACAAAUGAGGUAAGCCAGACAUUUGACAUCACCAUAAGCCCUGUGGAUGACUCCUUACCCAUAGUGCAAAGCCUUGGGAUGACAGUUCAGGAAGGUUUGAGAAAAACCAUCACAGAGUUUGAGCUUAAAGCAACAGAUGCUGACACAGAGGCUGAGUCAAUUACAUUCACAGUCGUGCAGUCUCCCCGGCAUGGCCUGAUUGAACGCACUAGCAAUGGGCAGCAUUAUCACCAAGCCACCACCUUCACGAUGGAUGACAUCUACCAGAAUCGCAUCAGCUACAGUCAUGAUGGUAGCAACUCGCUGAAGGAUCGCUUCACUUUCACUGUGUCUGAUGGGACCAAUCCCUUUUUCAUUAUGAAGGAUGGAGGGAGGCAGGUUGUUACAGCAUCACCACAGCGCUUCAAAGUGGAUGUUCUGACUGUGGAUGAUGGGACACCCAGGGUCAUCACCAACCUGGGUUUGCAGUGGCUGGAGUAUGUGGAUGGCAAGGCAACCAAUCUAAUCACUAAGAAGGAAUUACUGACAACAGAUCCUGACACAGAUGACAAACAGCUGAUCUAUGAGAUAACAGCUGGUCCCAGAAAUGGUCAUGUGGAGAACAAGCUGAAGCCAGGAACAACUGUGACCACCUUUACACAGGAGGAGGUGAACCAGGGCCUCGUUCGGUAUGUGAUGCAUGAGGAGAAGGUUCAGGAGACCAUGGACAGCUUUCGGUUCCUAGUGAAGGACAGCAAACCCAAUGUGGUCAGUGGCAAUAUUUUCCAUGUCCAGUGGUCUCUCCUCAGCUUUACAGACACCAGGUACAGUGUCAGAGAGAACGCAGGCUCUGUCAGCGUCACUGUGAGGCGGGCUGGUAACCUCAACCAGUAUGCGAUUGUCUUGUGCCACACGGAGCAGGGAACGGCCACAUCCAGCUCCGGUUCAAAGCUGGGAGAGCAUGACUAUGUGGAGUACACGGGGCAGGUGCAGUUUGAGGAGCGGGAGGACACCAAGGCCUGCACCAUCAUCAUUAAUGAUGAUAACGUCUUUGAGAACAUGGAGAGCUUUGCUGUGGAGCUCAGCAUGCCAGCAUAUGCUCUGCUGGGGAACAUAACCCGGGCCACGGUCACUAUCAUGGACACAGAGGAUGAGCCCACCCUGCAGUUUGACAGGAAAACGUACCAUGUCAGCGAGACUGAUGGGUUUCUCUCUGUUCCUGUGGAAAGGAAAGGGGAUACCAGCAGCACAGUGUCUGCUCUGUGCUACACUGUCCCCAGAUCAGCCAAGGGAAGCAGCCUUCAUAUGCUGGAAUCUGGCUCUGACUUCAAGUCCCGAGGGAUGGCAGAUGACAGCCGCAUUGUUUUCGGUCCGGGUGUCACUGUCAUGACAUGUGACAUCACGCUGAUUGAUGACAGUGAAUAUGAAGAAGAAGAGGAGUUUGAGAUUGUGUUGGCUGAGCCCUCAGAUAAUGCACGUGUUGGCAGCCGGGCUUCAGCCACUGUCUUCAUCAGUGGUCCCAAUGAUGCCUCCACAGUGUCCCUGGGGAAUGCUACUUUCACCGUCAGCGAGGCUGCAGGAAACAUUGAGAUUCCAGUCCUCCGGCAGGGACCUGAUCUCUCAAACCCUGUCUCAGUGUGGUGUGCCACUCGGGCGUCAGACCCUCCGUCUGCCAGCCCAGGAAUCGAUUAUGUCCCCAGCUCCAGGAAAAUAGAGUUCAGGCCCGGCGAGACAGAAGAGUUCUGCAUUCUGACAAUCCUGGAUGAUGCACAGUACCCCGUGAUAGAAGGGCUGGAGACAUUCGUGGUUUAUCUCAGCUCACCCCAUGGAGCUGAGCUGACAAAGCCAUUCCAAGCCAUCGUGGCCAUUAAUGACAUCUUCCAGGAUGUACCAAGCAUGCAGUUCACCAAGGAUACAUACAUGGUGAAGGAGAAGGAGGGUACUCUGCACAUCCCCAUCUUCCGCACCGGGGACCUGAGCUAUGAGUCCUCCGUCAGGUGCUACACCCAGAGCCAGACAGCAGAGGUCAUGGAGGACUUUGCAGAGAGGAGAAAUGCAGAGGAGUCUCGCAUCACUUUCUUGAAAGGGGAGAAGGUGAAGAACUGCAGUGUUUAUAUCAGUGAUGACUCUGCCUUUGAGCCAGAAGAGCAGUUCCAUGUCUAUCUUGGUAGCCCACUUGGAAACCAUUGGAGUGGAGCUAGGGUUGGGAAGAUGGACAUGGCAACUGUAACUGUCACCAAUGAUGAAGAUGCACCCACCAUUGAGUUCGAAGAAGCUUCGUACCAAGUACGGGAGCCGCCUGGCCCGGAGGGUGUUGCUGUUCUAAAUAUCAAAGUGGUCCGGAGAGGGGAUCAAAACAGGACUUCCAAAGUCCGCUGCAGCACCCGCGAUGGCUCAGCUCAGGCCGGAGUGGAUUACUAUCCCAAGAGUCGAAUGCUCAAAUUUAGCCCAGGCAUGAACCACAUCAUGUUUAAGGUGGAGAUCAUGUCCAAUGAAGACCGGGAGUGGCAUGAGUCCUUUUCUCUGGUGCUGGGUCCAGAUGAUCCAGUGGAAGCUGUUCUUGGAGAUACCAGCACUGCAAUAGUGACUAUUUUGGACCAGGAGGCAGCAGGGAGCCUGAUUCUACCAGCAUCUCCUGUUGUCGUCACCCUGGCUGAUUACGACCGGGUGGAAGAAGUGACCAAGGAUGGUGCUAAGAAAUCCCCUUCCCCGGGCUACCCGCUCAUUUGUGUCACUCCUUGUGACCCUCGCUUCCCCAAGUAUGCCAUCAUGAGGGAACGCUGCAGUGAGGCUGGGAUCAACCAGUCCUCAAUACUGUUCAGCUGGGAAGUAGCAACCCCCACAGAUGGGAACGGAGCCAGGUCACCUUUUGAAACCAUCACUGACAGCACACCAUUCACUAGCGUCAACCAUAAGGUGCUGGACAGCAUUUACUUCAGUCGCCGAUUCCAUGUGCGCUGUGUGGCCAAGGCUGUGGACAAAGCCGGUCAUGUGGGGACCCCCCUGAGAAGCAAUGUGGUGACCAUAGGCACAGACAGUGCCAUUUGUCACACUCCUGUGGUUGCAGGGACAGCACGUGGUUUCCAGGCACAGUCAUUCAUUGCCACACUGAAGUACUUGGACGUCAAGCACAAGGAGCAUCCCAACAGAAUCCACAUCUCGGUGCAGAUCCCCCAUCAGGAUGGUAUGCUGCCCCUCAUCUCCACUCUGCCACUCCACAAUCUGCAUUUCCUUCUCUCCGAGUCUAUCUACAGGCACCAGCAUGUCUGCUCAAAUCUGGUCACUGUCAGAGACCUCAGAGGCAUCUCAGAGGCAGGGUUUCUGGAUGAAGUGACCUAUGACAGCAUUGUUCUUGGGCCUGGCUAUGACCGCCCUUACCAGUUUGACCCCACGGUGAGGGAGCCAAAGACCAUCCAGCUCUAUAAGCACCUCAAUCUCAAGAGCUGCAUCUGGACUUUUGAUGCUUAUUACGACAUGACUGAAUUAAUUGACGUCUGUGGAGGCUCUGUCACCGCUGACUUCCAGGUACGAGACUCUGCUCAGUCCUUUUUAACAGUCCAUGUCCCACUCUAUGUGUCCUAUAUUUAUGUGACAGCGCCAAGAGGUUGGGCUUCUCUUGAGCAUCACACAGAGAUGGAGUUCUCCUUUUUCUACGAUACUGUUCUUUGGAGGACAGGCAUUCAGACGGACAGUGUUCUCUCAGCCCGGCUGCAGAUAAUCAGGAUCUACAUCCGGGAGGAUGGCCGGCUGGUCAUCGAGUUCAAAACACAGGCCAAGUUCAGAGGGCUCUUUGUCAUGGAGCACCACAGCCUGCCAGAUGUCAAAUCUUCCUUAAUGACUCCAGACCACCUGGGAGGGAUCGAGUUUGACCUGCAGCUGCUGUGGAGUGCUCAGACUUUCGACUCUCCCUACCAGCUCUGGAGAGCAACCAGCUCCUAUAACAGGAAGGACUACUCUGGAGAGUACACAAUCUUCUUAAUCCCCUGCACUGUGCAGCCCACGCAGCCAUGGACAGAGCCUGGAGACAAGCCCCUGCCCUGUACAGCUCACGCUCCUGAGCGAUUUUUGAUCCCGAUUGCCUUUCAGCAGACAAACCGCCCAGUCCCCGUUGUCUACUCCCUGAACACGGAAUUCCAACUUUGUAAUAAUGAGAAGGUGUUUCUGAUGGACCCCACCAAAUUUGAAAUGUCUCUGGCAGAAAUGGAUUACAAAGGAGCUUUUUCAAAAGGGCAAAUCCUGUAUGGCCGUGUACUCUGGCACCCUGAGCAAAACCUGAACGCCGCUUACAAACUGCAGUUGGAAAAGGUCUACCUGUGUACUGGCAAGGAUGGCUAUGUGCCUUUCUUUGACCCAACGGGCACUGUCUACAAUGAGGGGCCCCAGUAUGGCUGUAUUCAACCCAACAAGCACCUCAAACACCGAUUUCUCCUCUUGGACCGAAACCAACCUGAAGUGACAGACAAGUAUUUUCACGAUGUGCCUUUUGAUGCCCACUUUGUUUCGGAACUGUCUGAGUUUCACUCGAUAAGCAGCAUGCCCGGAGUUGAUGGAUUUACUCUCAAGGUGGAUGCUCUGUACAAGGUGGAAGCUGGACACCAGUGGUACCUUCAGGUCAUCUAUGUGAUUGGCCCGGAGAGCAUGGCAGGGCCUCGUGUCCAGCGCUCCCUCACUCACCACUGGAGACCACGAGGCCGCAGGGACCUGGUUGGUGCCGAUGGGAGGCCAAUGCUGGAUGACUCCUUGAUCUACGACAACGAAGGCGACCAGAUCAAGAACGGCACCAACAUGAAAUCACUGAUCUUGGAGAGGGAGGAAGCUGCCGUCGCAGCCUCCUUCUCCCAAACAGGUGCUUCCCUGGGGAGCGCGUUUGCCGCUGUUGCCCUGCUGCUGCUGCUUCUGCUGGCUGGGCUUUGCAUUCUCACUGGGAAACGGCAGAAGCUACGGCAGAAACAGGAAGCAGCCCCAGAGGAGCAUCCACUGAACACCAAGGUGGAGCUGCCCCGGAGAGCCGAGAGGUCAGCGGACAGCCGGUACUGCACCGUGCGGAAUGUUAAUGUGUGGAGGGAGAGCGGCAGGAAGGUGAAGCAGGUGAACUUGGAAGUCAAAGUCCACAGCAAUUUGCAUGAUGGAACAGAGGUUUAGUGGAGCACAUGCUUUGGUUUGGUGAAGGCUUUUUAUAAGUAUUAAAAAAACCUCACAGAAAUAAUCCAAAAAGGAAAAACUAAGAGAAAUUCUUAUAGGUUUGUGUACUCUGGUGAGGAGGAGGAGCAGCUCUGGCUCAUCUCUGCUCCGCCCCACCC